CAGUAGCGGUCAAGAUCAGCAGCUCGGAUGAGAACUUCAGCAAUACUGAGAUCUACUUCGCGGGACAGAUUUUUCUACAUACCUGCUUUUUUGGAGGAUUUGCGGACCCACCAUAGGAGUGAGACAGAGUUGUGCUGCAGCUGUAAUAUGCACAGGAGUGUGGGAUAACUAUUGCUUUAUUGAUUGUGAAAUUUACAAGGAGUCGCUGCUGUGGUUGUUACUCAACAUUUGGAGCAUCAAAUACAGGCUGUUUCCCCUGUCUACAUCCCUCUUUUCCCACCACAAGUAACAAUGGACCUGACUUUGUGGCAGUACCAGUUCAGGAUCAUAAUGCUGGGGGACUCCACAGUGGGCAAGUCCUCCCUGCUAAAGCGCUACACUGAAGACUUGUUCCUGGAGUCCAUCAACCAGACGGUGGGUGUAGACUUCUACGUUCACUUCCUGGAGGUGGAGCUGGGGGUCCGUGUUAAGCUGCAGUUCUGGGACACAGCUGGACAGGAGAGGUUCAGGUCAGUGACCCGUUCUUAUUACCGCAACUCGGUCGGAGGUCUGCUGGUGUUUGACGUGACCAACCGAGCCUCCUUUGACCAUAUUAAGGAGUGGCAUGCUGAGGUGUGCGAGCGAGUGCAGCCACAUAAGGUUCUGUUCGUCCUGGUGGGCCAAAAGAGUGACCGAGAUGCUCUCGGAGAGAGAGUGGUGAGUCGAGAAGAGGCUGAGAAACUUGCCAGACAGCUAGGGAUGCCGUAUGUGGAGGCCUCUGCCAAGACAGGCCAGAAUGUGAGGGAAUCCUUUGAACUCCUCACUCGACGGAUUUAUCAGGGUAUUUUGAGUGGAGAAGUAGAGCUGCAAGAGGGCUGGGAUGGAGUUAAGUGUGCUGCCCCACAGGCACUGCAUUUACAAAGAGCCAACAUGGCUAAGCCAAGUACAGCCCCCAAGAGCAACAAGAAGUGCUGUGGUUAAACUGUGGACCUGGCGAUGGUCCCCCAUUCUUGGAUUUGUUUUAACAUUUUAAUGUAAUGUGUGACCAUCAGGAAACACACUGAUUUAAAUGCAUUUUUUGCACCUUUGUUGUGAAGAUAGAAUCUUUAAAACUUAGUCAGAGACGGAUUUGUUGAAACAUUUUGUGACUUAAUAUAUACAAUAUUUUGACAUUCCUAAAUGGGUGAAGAUUUACCUACUUUUUUUACAUGCUAGUAGUGUGGCUCUGUGGAUGGCAAUUUGGUUGGUCGGUUGGUUCACCACUUUCGUGGACAAAUUACCUAUAAAACCUAGAAACUAUCCGAUGGUUUGCCAUAAAAUUUUGCAUUGACAUUCAUGGUCCCCAGGAUGAUUUCCUACUGACUUUCGUGAUCCUCUGACUUUUCCUCUACACCACUCAAGACAUUUGUGAUUUAGAGGGAAAUCUUAACUACUACUGGAUAAUUGCUGUCUAUUUUGCAACAAAUGCUUAAGAUCCCAAGAGGAUAAAUUCUAAUGGCGAACCUGGUUAAUAUUGCCUGCUAAACAUCAGCAUGUUAGCAUUGUCUCUGUGAGCAUGAUAGCAUGGUGACAUUAGCAUUUAGUUCAGUGUGCCUUAGAAACUACAGCUUCACAAAGCUGUGGCUGUAGCCUUUAGUUUAAAUGCAAAAUUGAUAGAUAUUUGUAUUUAUAUACAACUUAAGAAAGGUCAUCAGAAGGGUUUGUUCUCUCUUCUGCGAGAUGCUAGGUCCACAGCUAAUUAGACUACUGUAACAUGUACAAAUGAGGGGUUUUUUUACCUUGGUUGAGUAAGAAGAGAGGUUGUAAUGCUAACAUCCAGAUGCUGGACCUUUUUCCUUAUUAAUUCAAAUAGUUGCUAAAGAUGUUACUUUGUCACCUCAGCAAUCAGUCUACAUCAUCUGGACCCGUGCACUGGAAAAGUGGUUCCCAACCUGGAGGUCUGAACCGCCCACAGGGUCUUAAGAUAUAUGAGGUGGUCACAUUUGGUAUUUCUAUCUUUUUUAAAGAGCCAAAAUUAACAUUUAGUCAAAUUGCUGAUCGCAGCCAAUGACCAAAUUAAGGUCAUAACUUGUAACGGGGG